UCACAUCCGCCCCGCUGGGCCGCGCUGCUGGCUGGGGUGAGGGCCCCCGGCUCCCUGUGUCGUCACAUCCGCCCCGCUGAACCGGGCCGCGCUGCUGGUUGGGGUGAGCGGAGCCGGGAACAACGGCGGCGCCCAAAGCCGGGGAGAGGUCGUUGGGGAAGAAAGCUGCACUGCCUAGUAGCAGUGUCCUGAGUACUGGAGAUGGCGAUGAGACAGACUCCACUCACCUGCAGUGGCCACACGAGACCUGUGGUCGACUUGGCUUUCAGUGGAACAACAGCAUAUGGCUUCUUCCUAAUCAGCGCAUGCAAAGAUGGCAAGCCCAUGAUGCGCCAGGGUGACACAGGGGACUGGGUUGGAACGUUUCUGGGUCACAAAGGUGCUGUCUGGGGAGCCACGUUAAACAAAGAUGCCAACAGAGCGGCAACUGCAGCAGCGGAUUUCUCAGCCAAAGUAUGGGAUGCUGUGACAGGUGAUGAAAUGCUCACUUUAGCCCACAAACAUAUUGUCAAAGCCGUGGACUUUACUCAGGAUAGUAACAACUUGCUUACGGCUGGGCAAGAUAAAGUGUUGCGUAUCUAUGAUAUGAACAAAACUGAAGCAGAGCCUUUGGAGAUCAGUGGCCAUAGUUCUGGCAUUAAGAAAGCACUGUGGUGUAAUAACGACAAGCAGAUACUCUCGGCAGCUGAUGACAAGACAGUCAGGCUCUGGGACAGGGCUAGUAUGACUGAGGUGCAGACGCUGAAUGUAGCUUCACCUGUAAGCUGUGUGGAGUACAUACCUGACGGGGAGAUCGUGGUUUUAACCUAUGGCAAAACCGUCGCUUUUCACAAUGCACUCAGUCUAGAGUUGAUCAAAUCAUUUGACGCACCAGCUUCAAUCAACUCAGCUUCUCUUCACCCCGAGAAAGAUGUUUUUGUUGCAGGAGGUGAUGACUUCAAAUUGUACAAGUUUGACUACAAUACCGGCGAGGAUUUAGAGUCAUACAAAGGUCAUUUUGGUCCCAUUCACUGCGUGAGGUUUAGUCCCGAUGGAGAGCUGUACGCCAGCGGUUCAGAAGAUGGAACCCUUCGUCUUUGGCAGACAACUGUUGGCAAAACGUAUGGAUUGUGGAAGUGUGUACUCCCUGAGGAACUUGGCUCUGAAAACUCUGAUUCCAUCUACGGCACGCCUCCAGAGGUAAAAGCUUGAACUGACAGCUUGAGAGACACUAGCGAGCAAGAUGCAGACCAAGCUCUGAGUCAACAAGCAGAAGAGUGCGUCCUCCAUUUUGUGUUAACAGCAAAUGCAGACAGCUAAAUGGACUCUUAUCGAUAACUUAAAAUCUGUUAACUGUCUAAAAGACAAGCACUUCGUGUCUGCAAGUAAAAUAGUAGACCUGUGCAUAUUCAGCACAGCUGCUUAGCAUCUUAGUGUUUUAUUGAAUCUGCUCAACGACGCCAGUGUAUAUAAAGUAAUGACCAAUUUCUGCUCACAAAGUGCUGAAGCUACAGCUGUAACAUCAUGGAUUCAGAUGUUUUCCUUUAAGAAUGGAAUUUUUCAUAUAAAGGUUCAGUGCUAAUAUAUUGGUUUACAAUUAAAGUUAUUUAGUUUGCCAUUUUUCAUUUUAAAUGGCCUGCAGUUUAUCAUCAUUUGCAGCAAUUUGUAUAAAUUAAAAGUGUUGAGCAGUAUUAAAUUGGCCCAAACAUGUCAUCAAACAAGGCAUCCUAAAGCUCAUUUUGUAAUUCUAUGGGUAUUUACACCAAAUUAAUAGUUUGGAUUCUGCAACUGAAAACAUACAUUCAGAAGUAUGCUGAUUUUGAUUCCUUAUUAAUGCUCCUUGUAUCUGUUUUGCCCUCUCAGCGAGGCAAUAAUUAUUUGCAGCAAUUGCAUAAGUGCCUUGGCUUGUUAGGAAAUGUUUCUGGUUUUAUACCUUGUGUUCUGCAAUGUACACAGGCAACGUUAUAUUAUUCUAUAGAUCAGCUAGCUUACAGAAUUAAAACGAGACCUGCCUGUAGUUAUUCCAAGUCUGUGAACGUACAUUUUUUUGUCCACCUGAUCAUUGCUGAAACUCCUGCCCUGGCUUCUGAAUAAACUAUGUCCCUUCAAUCCGACAUUAAAA